AAAAAAGAAGAAUAUAAAGAAAAUAUUGAUUAUGAAAGAACCUAUUGUUUUUGUGUUUUGAUGUUUUAUGAGUCUUUAAUGAGCCUUUAUGAAUAUAAAUUUUUGAACAAAAACUACAAAAAUAUAAGCUAG